GUUUACAUCAUGGAUGGAAUCGGAAUGGCUGUCGGUUCUUUGUUGUGGAACACCAUCACAUGCGUUGUUGGUUGGGCUGUAACCAGAUUCGGUCUACUUGGAAAUCCUCAACAAAGUAGCGCCAAAUAUGAACGAUACAUUGGGGAACAUCACCAUGUCGUACUAGGAAUUUCGUUUUUUCAUUUGCUCUUUCAUGUUCGAAAUGUGAACCUCAGAGGGGAAAAAUGGAAGAAAUACAUCGCUAUCCUUCUUACUGUAUUUGUGGGUUGCCUUUAUGGUAAUGUGCUUUCCCCGAUAAACUAUCUCGUAAUGCAUAGCGCCGAGACCGGUAAUCCGUCCAAUAUUUCUUCGUACUUCUUCUCAUUUUGCCUUGGUUCCGUGCUAACAUCGACAGUUAUCUUUAUGAUUUAUUCGCUUGCAAGGUUUGUUUCCAUAAAAUUCAAUCGCCCAUUCAUGAAUCCUGAGCUCACUCUGCCAUCGUUAAUUUCCGGUAUAAUCUAUGCUGUUGCCACGUACUGUUUUUUCCUAGCUAAUCAACAUCUCGACCAGACUAUUGCGUAUCCGAUUCUGGCAAAAGCGCCCGGUGUCAUUGUAUCGUUAUGGGCAGUGUUUCUCUUCAAGGAAAUCAAGGGCUGUCGUGAUCUGACCGCAUUGUCAGUAGGCAUAUUGGUCACUAUCACCGGCAUUACGCUUAUCUCUGUUUCAAAGAUUCAAUUUUGA